ACGAAGAGACGCGUUCUCGUGGUGGCUUGCGCGCUCAAGCGAUCCGGUACCGCGACCCGCAGCCACUCUCGUGCGACCGUAUGACCUGCUCGAUGUCGCUGGUGCGACGGCGCUUCCGGCCAGCGGGACGACACGCGCGCCGUUCUCGGGAUCCGCGCUCCGCAGCGUAGCCGUCGCUCGCGCCAUCCGGCGCCGGCUGAAUGACGCGCACCACCACCGCCGCCGACGCGUCAAAUGUUUGAGUCACGGCCCGAGGAGGGCGCGCAACCAACCCCCGCGGCCGCGGGCGGCAUGCGGCUCAUGAGAUGGAGCAUAACGCGCCGAUUGGAGUCCUCGCGCGGCCCUCACAAGUCGCGGCAUGAGAAGAGCGCGCCGUCGUCCGGCCGCGCAUUCGGCACGAGCGUGCGGGAAGAAGAGAAUGACUUCACUUCAGACGGCGAAGAAAGCGGUGGAGGAGCAGUCGGCGAGGAGGCCGUGGACCUCACCGCGACGAGGCCACAUCAGGGCGACGAGGACGACAAGGAUGUCGAGGACCCUCUGGAAGAGGACGAGGAAGAAGGCGUCGACGAGCAGGACGAUCAGGAGGAGGACGAGGAGGGCUCCCGCAAGCAGAUUCGCCAUCGGCAGGAUGCGGAGAACAAUAAUAAUUUCGUGGAGAGCGGACCGGCCUCCGCCAUCUUCCCGCCCGCUGGAACUAGUCACGUCACUCUCGAGGCCCUUCAGAACACAAAGGUGGCGGUAGCGCAGUUCGCCGCGACUGCUCUCGCCGGUGGUGCCGACAGCGAAGCGGCCCUGCAGGAUCUAGCUUUCUUGCAGAGCACAUUGUACACGCUGCAGCAUCAACAGGUAUUCCAGUUGCAGUUGAUCAGUCAGCUACAGCAACAAUUGUCGAUAACCCAUGGCCAGCCCGUGCCACAACAAGUGUCGACAACGGACCCGGUCGACAGCAAGGAGGCGUCGCCGUCUCCGAUCAUUCACACGAAGCCGUUAUCGACUCUCACGUCGCCACCCACCUCGCGACCGCCGAGUCAUCAUCAGCAGACGUCGCCGGCGCCGAUGACGCCGAAUCUGCUCCAGGAAGGACCGACCUCGACGACGAGCAGUGCCUCACCGCUGAAUCUACCCCUGUCCACGGCUGGUGUAACGUCGACCACGGCGACGACCGCCUGCAGUCAAAUUACGCAGCCGCACCAGAUACCGCAUUGCUCGAUAAGCUCCUCCCUCGCCUCGUCGAUCAUAACGAACACGGACCCGCCGCCCCUUCAUGAGCCGAACACGCUGGAGAUGCUGCAGAAACGCGCCCAGGAAGUGCUGGACAAUGCGAGCCAAGGUCUGCUGGCUAACAAUCUGGCCGACGAGCUCGCGUUCAGAAGCGGCAAAGGCUCGCGCCUUCCACCAUACGACUCAAAAUCGAGCGGCCGCGGCGAGCCCUUCUUCAAGCAUCGAUGCCGUUACUGCGGCAAGGUCUUCGGUAGUGACUCAGCGUUGCAGAUCCACAUACGAUCCCACACAGGUGAGCGACCCUUUAAGUGCAACGUCUGUGGGAGCCGAUUCACCACCAAGGGCAACCUGAAGGUCCACUUCCAGAGGCAUACGGCCAAGUUUCCGCACGUAAAGAUGAAUCCGAAUCCCGUUCCAGAACAUCUAGACAAGUACCACCCACCCCUCUUGCAGCAAAUCGCUUCUGGGCAGAGGCCAAUGCCGUCCCCGCCGCCGCCGCCGCCGCCAUCCUCUCAUCAUCCCUCGUUUCAUCCGGCGGCAACGCACAGUUUCCUACCACCUCAGCCGCCCAUACCUCUGAGUCUCACCUUGCCCGGUAUGCCACCCAUUUACCGACCACCGAAUAUUAAUCACCGGGACGAUCAGGAUGUGCCGGAGAACCUUAGUAAACCCAUAACCGCCGCCCCGUCGACGUCCCCGCAUUCCCCCGUCGCCCUGUCGAACUCUCGUCAUUCCUUUCACGACAAUCACCACCAGCAGCAGCAGCAGCAGCAGCAACAACAGCAACAGCACAAGCAUCAGCAGCAGCAGCACCAGCAGCAACAGCUCGAGCAAAGAGAGGAGAUAAAGCUUGAGCAGAGAUCACCCGGGCAAGAGCAAUAUCAGCAGCCGCGACCGACGAGUCAGGAGAACACCGAGCGAAUAACCCCGAAGAGGGAGCCCGACGAAACGGAGGAACCCGUGGAGGAAGAAGCUGAAGACUACGAGGAGACCGCCAGGCGAUACCUCAAUUCGCCGCAGUCCUCGGCGAAUCCGUCAUCGCAGCCGCAAACCUACGACGACUGCAGUAUGGACAGCAAGAUUAGCGGGCGCCUAGAGGGCGACGGUGACUUGGAGCUCGACGACGAGACGGAGGAGCAACCGGAGAACCUGUCCGGCAGGGGCGUGAUCGGUCGCCUGCCGCAGCAGAUGGUCGCGUAUCCAGGAGCGUCUCCGGCCAGCAGCAGCGCGAGUAGCGGCAGUCUUCAGACCUCGUUCGCCGGGAUUCUGUUUCCAGGUCCGCCGGCGCACCAUCAGAUACCUCAUCUGUCCGCGCCGACCGGCGGCGCGACGCCAAUCGUCUCCACGGGCGAGAUGAUCGAUCCGGCCAAGGACCCGGCGAUUUACUCGAGCCUACUGCCGCGGCCGGGCAGCAACGACAACUCUUGGGAGAGUUUAAUCGAAAUAACGAAAACCUCGGAGACGUCCAAGCUGCAGCAGCUGGUAGACAACAUCGAGCACAAGCUGACUGACCCGAAUCAGUGCGUCAUUUGUCACCGGGUGCUCUCCUGCAAGAGUGCACUGCAGAUGCACUAUCGCACCCACACGGGCGAGCGCCCGUUCAAGUGCAAGAUUUGCGGUCGCGCGUUCACCACGAAGGGCAACCUCAAGACCCACAUGGGAGUGCACCGAGCGAAGCCGCCGUUGAGAGUGUUGCAUCAGUGUCCCGUGUGCCACAAGAAGUUCACGAACUCAUUGGUGCUGCAGCAACACAUACGCCUUCACACAGGCGAGCCCACUGAUCUCAGCCCGGAACAGAUCCAAGCCGAGGAGGUGAACGAAUUUCCGUCCGGUUACCAUCAUCAUCCGCUGGCGUCUUUCCUGCCGCAGGGCUUCCCACCGUUGCACCCGACCGGCGGUAGCUACCUGGGCUUCCCCCCGAGACAAGUGACAACGGUCGAGCGACAGGCGCAGGACAACGACAUCGAGCCGAAGGAGGAGUCGCAGCAACAGCAACGACAGCAACAGCAACAGCAGCAGCAGCAGCAACAGCAACAACCGAGAUUCAUGGAGGAUCAGAGCGAGGAAGUGGAGGAUCAGGAGGAGGACGAGAAGGAUCGUAGGGAGGACGACGAGAGGUGCGAGGUGAAUCGCGACCGGCGCAUCGCCGACGUCGACGAGGAGCAGGAACACGAGGCUGACGAGACCGAGCACAAGGACCUCACGCUGCCGAUGUUCUCGACGUCGCUAGCGGCACUCGAGAACCAAGUGAGGACCAUCACGACCACGGCUACGACUACGGUGGCGAACGUCGCCAGGUCGCCGUCCUUUCACCGAUACAACGGCAGCGAGAAAAGCGACAGUCCGCCGACCUCCGGCGCGCCGCUCGACCUGACCCCACGCGCCUCCUCGACGCCAGCCUCGGUGGCCUCAGCGUCGCCGACACCGCCGCCCCAGACUGCACCGCACCACCCGCCGCAUCCGUUCGGCAUGUUCGCAGGGCUGCUGCAAGCGGUGUCCUCGAGCCCGGCGACGAGCACGAUAGGCUCGUCGAGCAUAAACAGCGUCGCCUCGAUGAGCGCCGUGACGCCGGGAAGCGGUGGCAGCGGACCAUUAGCUUCCCUGACCACCUCGGCCGUACUAGCCGCGACGUCCUCCUACAAUCCGCUCGGUCUAGCUGUCGGAGGGUCAGCAGUACGUGGAAACACCACAUGUAAUAUCUGCUACAAGACGUUCGCGUGCAACUCCGCAUUAGAGAUUCAUUACCGGAGUCAUACGAAGGAACGACCUUUCAAAUGCAGCAUAUGCGACCGAGGCUUUUCCACGAAGAACGACGGUUCCGGUCAGCAAAUAUGCUCCUGCGCGGACCAACCCUUCGCCGCGAAGGGUUCGAUCCCCCCACAACCCAAUCCCCAAUAUCACACGUAUCCGGCGAGAUCAGCCGCCGGAAGUCGUGAGAAACCGAAACGCAGGCGGCGGCGGCCUGAGGAGCGGAAGAACCGGGGGCGGACAGGAACAGGAGGGGGGCGAAGGCUGACGUCUGUUUAUCCUGUCGUCCGCCUGCCCCCGCUGAUGCCACCCGCCCUCGGACUUCUACCCUCGGACCACGUCUUCCUGGGUAAUAUGAAGCAGCAUAUGCUGACUCACAAGAUCCGCGAUAUGCCGCCACAUCUGUUCAGCGAUACCAAGCAUCAGCAGCAGCAGCAGCAGCAGCAUCAGCAGCAGCAACAACAGCAACAGCAAUCGCAGGACCAUGAGACUUCCAGGAGUCCUAUGGGCAACGACGACUCGAGCUUACCGCCCCCGCCACCGCCGCCGCCGCCACCCCCUCCGAUGCCGCCGACGUCCAUCGAGACCGCGAUGCCGGUAAAAAGGUCACCGCCGGACGGAAAUCUACCAGCACCGAAGAGAUCAGCCAGCGUGCCGAGCAAGCACUUGUGCCAGAUUUGCAAUAAGAAUUUCUCCUCGUCUUCGGCGCUCCAGAUCCAUAUGAGAACCCACACUGGCGACAAACCAUUCCCAUGCCACGUCUGCCAGAAGGCCUUCACCACCAAAGGCAACCUCAAGGUACACCUGGGUACUCAUAUGUGGUCCAACGGGGCGUCGCGCCGAGGCCGCCGAAUGUCGCUGGACCUGCCACCCCUGCCAAUCACGCCCAAGGACUCGGAGUUUCUGCAACGACGGCCGGAUCUCUUUUAUCCGUACCUUCCCGCGCCGUUCCUUAACGGUGUCCAGCAGAAGCUGAACGAGAUCUCGGUGAUACAAAGCAACAACGGCUUGCCGCCCCAUUCUGUGGGCGCGGGCAAGUACGCGAGCCUGUUCGGCUCGGUGUACGGCGCCGGCGGGGGUGGUUUCCCGCUGGACAAGCAGCCGACGGCGGCGAGCAGCAACGGACCCUUGGUGGACGGCAAGUCCGCGAUUCCCUCGGGCUCCAUGCUCUUCCAGACGCCGUCGCCAUCGCACUCGCCCGGCACGCCGUCCUCCAACAGCGGCAGCCAGAACUCCGCUGGCGUGACCUCCUGGACCGGCGACUCGCUGCAGCAUCAUUUCGAGCGCGAGACGCCGAGCAGAGGUGAGAACGACGCGACGCCACCCGCCGCACGACUGCCGCCGCCGCCGACCCGAGGCGAGGGACUGGCCGCGUGAAGCUUAACCAAUACAUAUCUCACCACCUCGUAGUCGCGAAGGGCGCGGCCGCCCUUCAGCGCGCUCACCGAGGCUUGGCCGAGUUAGAGGCUGAUUGUAUGAUCGAUUCCUUCGAGAGAACUCCCCAGACUGAAUAAUUUAGCGAACGAACGAGGACGUGGAGGACGAGGAGGAGGAGGAGGAGGAGGAGGAAUCGCAACCGACGAGUGCUAGCGGCAUGUGGGCAGUUUCUCGACGCCGUCCUCCGUCCUCCGCUCGGCGAAGGUCUCCCCGCCGACGUGUCGGUUCGGACACGCGAUCCAAACGGGGAGGGGGGGGGGGUAAGGCGAGCUCUCGUCGCGAGUGGAAUCAGUGCUUCCGAUCCGCGCGACGAUGAUCCCACCGCGAACGUGACCGAGAGGAGAGGAGGCAGUCGCAGGCAAGGAGUGUCGCGGCUACUUGAAUCUCUCGUGGUGCUUCCCCGUGCUCCGUUUCACAGCAGGACGAUCUUUGGACUCGUGCGCUCUCCGGACGGCGAUCGGCCGGAGGCGCGCAUCCCUCGCAUCGCGGCAGCAGUCGCUGUCUCGGGUCAUAAUCGCGCGCAAUCGUGCGAGAGCCGAGUUGGUGGUCGAGUGUUUCUUGGCAUUUCUCUCUUCUGCGUACGCGCGAUGACAUAUCCCUGUCUCCCCCGCCACCCCAGUCUCAUCCUCUUCCUCCCGACGCCCGGUGGUCCCGAUGCCAGCGAAUGAAGACGCCAUGUUCCUAUUAUCACACUAGUCUUAAUGCGUUAAAAGGGAUGAUCGGUAGACGACGGCGAUCCGAUCGGUCGGCCGGUACACGGUCCGUUAUUAACGACUGCCGAGUUAGUGCUAGAGCACACACAGCGAGAACGUCAGUGUCUCGAUGCGGAGAGCCUCGAGAUUCGAGAAAUUCCGGGGCUCGAUCGCGACGCCGUUCAUCGUUUAUUCAAGCUGGCGUGAUGCGGGCCGGCGAGACGCUCCGCUACGCUGAAAUAUUGAUCGUGCACGCGAUCGGGCCUCGUUACGUUACGUACGCACGUAUUUCCGCUACGUCGAAUCCUUCGUACGGGAUUAGGAAUCCCCGAGCUAGGCACGGCGCCUAGACUGAGCUCGGCUCGCGGGUAGGGCGAGCGUAGGUGUAUCUAGGGCCGCAAGACACGUGGCGUCGUGUCCUAACAGGUGUCCCCGACACAAUUCGACCGUCCAUUCGCGACAGUGGUGGUCACCUCUCCGGGUUAACUAAGGCUGCGUUAUAAAUAUAUACAUAAUGAUAAAAAAGAUAUAUAUAU